UUGACCAACAUAUAAAUACUAAAAUCUCACAGAGAUUCUUCACAUUUGGUGAUUUGUGUGAAAUCGACCAAAUGAUGUGGUCACCGCUCGUCUUAACAUUUUUGGUUGGGUAUACCCUUGCUUCAACCCCCGCCUUCAAAGAAAAUACCGAAUAUGUAUACCAAAUUAAUGGGCGAACACUAAGCAGCCUGCACGAUGUUUCCGAUCAGUAUUCUGGCAUAUUCCUGAAAGCCAAAUUUCACAUCUCCAAGCAGCCCGAUGGAAAACUACAAGGAAGGCUAUCUGAUGCCCAUUAUGCUCAAAUUCAUAGCCCCCUCCCUAAUGGGUUGGAGACAGAGAUCCCAGAAUCACAAAUGAGUUACAAAAAGCUGAGUCUCUCUCAAAACCCAUUCCAAAUGGUUGUAGAAGAUGGGCUUAUCCAGAACAUUAUUAUGGAAAAGGAAGUUAGCAACUGGGAAGCUAACAUUAUCAAAAGUAUUACCAGUCAGUAUCAGUUGGAUGUCAACGGAAAGAACGCAAUCUACGACCCAAGCAACAGACUACCAAGUGGGGACAAUUUGAGUGGAGUGUUCAAAACAAUGGAAAAAACUGUUACCGGUGAGACUGAAACGGAAUAUAAAAUCCACAACUUGCCUUUGUAUAUUCUUCAAUCUCGACCAUGGUUGGCCCCUAAAUCCGACAUACGAGAAGACAGUGAGGUAUUUGAAGUUAUUAAGAACAAGAAUUAUUCAAAUUCUGAGGAAAGGCCUUCAUACCAUUACGGUUUUGGAAAUAUGUUUGAAAAUGAACCUACCGCUAACAGUUUGGGAGAAUUCUUAACAAGACAAUCAGAGUCCCGUGCCAUUUUAACGGGUAAGCCUUCCAGAUAUACCAUCCAAAGUAGUUAUACCGUUAACAAGAUUGUCAUUAAACCUAGCGUGAACAACAAGGAGAGAGGGUCAGUUGUUAGUAUUGUCAACGCCACAUUAGUUGAAAUCAAAAAUCAAAAUCAACAACUCGAACAUUUAUCCAAUCCUGUCGACAUCGGAGAUCUUGUAUAUACUUUCGAAGAUCCGUUGUCUCAAAAUAACCAUGUAAGAGAAAAAAGUAUGAAACCAUCCAGUUCUAACGAAGAUGUCAGUGAAGAAAGUAAUGAGAGAUUAUGGCACAGACUCCGUCGUUCUAUUUCUCAAAAGAUGGAAAAGUACAACAAAGGCAGUAGAUCAUCUGAAGAAAAUGUACAACAACAACAAAGGCCCGAAAUGAGCCACGCCCCACAGUCUCCACUCCUUCCAUACUUGAUGGGAUACCACGGAAAAUCGAUUAAACAAAACCGAGAUUUCGAUCUUAGGCAAAACGUGCAAAGGAUGGCUCAAGAAAUAAGCGAAAACAUUCAGGAACCAGAAACAAUCCUCAAACAAUCUACCUUAAGCAAAUACAUCAUGCUGGCUUCGUGGGUUAGAGUUAUGGACGAAGAAGAAAUUAAACAUGUAGCUGAACAAUUGUAUGUCCAAUCGGGACAAGGCAAAGAGCUUUUAGCCUGGGAGCUUUACCGUGACGCUGUAGCCGAAGCUGGAACAGGACCUGCCUUUCUUAACAUCCAAAGAUGGAUUGAGAAUAAAAAAAUUAGCAACAGAGAAGCUGCCGAUGUUGUCUCUACCAUGGCCCGUUCAGUCCGCACCCCCACUGACGAAUAUAUGCAAAAGUUCUACGAUCUGACCAAGAGCAGCAAAGUUAAAGAACAACUCUACCUCAACCAAACAGCUGUUCUGUCAUAUGCUAACCUCGUAUACAGAGUUUACAUCAACCGAAACGAGUCCCACAAUCAAUAUCCAGUACACAGCUUUGGAAGUUUCUUCACUAAAGAAGGACGCCAAUUUGUAAAAGAUAUAGUAAUCCCAUACUAUGGUCAACAACUCGAACAGGCCAUUGCUCAAGCUGACUCUCCAAGAGUACACUUGUACAUUACUGCUUUAGGACAUAUUGCACACAAAAAAAUCUUGAAUGUGUAUGAACCUUACUUAGAAGGACAAAAGCAAUGUUCUCAAUUUCAACGAAUGUUAAUGGUGAAUUCUUUGAGAAGACUGUCCAAAACUAAGCCAUCUGAUGCCCUACCUGUACUAUACAGAAUUUUCCAAAAUGCCGGAGAGCUUCCUGAAAUUAGAAUUAUUGCCGCAUAUAUGGUUUUCAAAAAUCCCAUGGUUCUUUCUGAAAGGCUACAAAGCAUGGCCGAAAAUACUAAUGCCGAAUAUCAAGAACAAGUAAACGCUGCCAUAAAGUCAGCUAUUGAAUCAGCGUCUCGUAUGGAUUCACACAAAUAUCACGACUUGCACAAAGCCGCUCAAUCUGCCUUGCCACUCCUUACAAAGAAACUCUAUGGAGAUGAAAAAAGCUUUAUUGACUUCCGUGACUAUAUUAUCAAUGAUAUGCACACAGAAGUUUAUCAAGAUUUCCUUGAGAUUGGCGGUUCAGAAAGCUACUGGCCUAAGGUUGUACAACUAUCCGCUCACGGACGAGAAAGCGAAAUGUCACGUGACUACUUUUCAAUUGGUGGAAUGACAUCCAGUAUCAAGGAAUUUACUAAUGUUUUAUACCAACAAACUGACAGUUAUAAACAAGCCAAGAACCAGAGAUCUCAGCACCAAAGUGAAGAAAGUAAAUGGUCAAGUGCAAACAUCGCUCGCUACAUGAACUACCAAACCGAAGAAAGAGAACAACUUGAAAAUUACAUCUAUUCUGAUAUAGCUGGCGUGUCUCAUUUAUGGUCUUUCGAUAACCAAACCAUCGAACGCUUACCCGAAGUUGUUCGUGAACAAGAAGAAAUAUUAAGUAAAGGCAAGCAAAUCAGUUACACAAAACUAAGACAAGUUCAAGAACUUGCUUUAUCAGUUCCCACUGAAAUGGGGCUGCCAUUCUUAUAUACUUAUGAUACGCCAAUUUUACUUAGAUUCGAAGGAAAGAUCCAAGCUAAAGCUACUCCUCAGGUUUCAGAUGGCAAAACAUUAGCAAAACCUGAUAAAAUUGAUGCUCAAAUUGAAGGUUCUGUAACUUUCAGCGCAAAGGGCCAAAGUCAUUUAUCAUUUGUUACACCUUUCGACCACCAAGUCUACACUGCCGGAUUUGACAGAAACAUACAAGCACAUUUCCCAGUAAAUGUCAAGGCUGAAAUUGAUACCAAGAAAGCUGAAACUACAGUUGAAUUCAAAGUUAAAAGACCCCAAAAUGAUGCCCGCUUGUUGCAUUAUAGUAGCCUACCCUAUACAUCAAGAAGCGAUUUAAUGAGUGCCGUCCCAAUAAUUCUAAGACCAAAUACCCAAAUUAUUACUCCUCAGGUAAACAAAUUUAGAUAUUUCGAUACAGUUUAUGGAAAGAAAGAAACUGGAAUGUCCUUCCGUGCUAAGGGACACUAUCCUGUCCAGACACUUAAUGUUGGUGAAUUAGUCUAUGCACUUAAAUCUAGAAGAGUAGAUACUUUAUUGCAGUUGCUAUGGGAUCGUUCUUCGCUCCAAAAUACCGACGUAUCAAUUACCUCUGUACCUAGCCAAUCAACCACCAACAAAGUAAUUCUACGUUAUAGCCAUCGCAAUGAAUAUAAGAUGCAACCAGACAUCGAAAAUCAAGAAGCCUUCUUUAGUUAUGAUCAACUGGCUGAAAAAAGUCAAGGUGAGUCACAACAACGCCACGAAAAAUUACUUAAAUACGUCGGAGCUGGAAUAAGAAGCGCUCAACUCCACUCAAGUCAAUUGUCUUUGGAAUUCGAAGGACUCAAGAAGCAACAGUAUUUAUUCGGAGUAACCUCUGGAAAGAGCAACGCUGAUCCUAUCUCCAGAACCAUUAUGUAUUACAAGCAAAAUGGCGAAAAGCAACAGCAACACCAAUUUUCUUUAGAUGUGAAAGGUUACGUACCAAAUACCAACGGUUUGGACCUUACGUAUUCCCUGAAAAGUGCACCCGAAGCAAAAUACGAAGUACGCAUGUUAUAUGGAGCAAACAAAAAUGACGCCGCCUUAGUAUCUGGAAAAAUCACCUUCAUAAGAAGCGACGAACGUAAAGAAAUGCUAACUCAGAAACCUUUGUAUAAUCAGUGCAAAAGAGAAAUGCAAGAAGGCAACUUCCAACUUCCAGCAUGCCAGAAUAUGACCAUUGAAUCUAACCUCUUAGACACCAUUGAAUCCCAAUGGCAAUAUUCUAACAUAAAUAGCAAUUCUAACAUAAAUAAUAACAAGUAUGAAGACAUAGUAAAGGACGUAUUCGAAACUUUAAAAAUGUAUUAUUAUCCAGUUACUAGAAUAGAAAGGAUUGGAUCUAAACAAAACGAAAUUGAAGUUAAGAUUAAAUUGGAACCUGAGGACCUCAGAAGAUUAAACAUUAGUAUUGAAAGCGGUGAAGAGCGUACCACUAUGCACGAUAUGCCUAUUAAUAGUGAACUGAUUAGGACUUUAUUAUUAUCACACCCUGUUUUCCAUGCCCCGUCUAGAUAUAUGGGAGUUCUUAAGGCAUGGCCACUAUUUAGACCUACUUGUGUUAUUGACCAAACAUCUGGCCAAACCUUCAACAACAGAACGUAUCCACUCUCUCUUGGAACCGAAUGGACUGUAGCUCUCCAGUAUGUCCCACAAGAGGCUCGCAAAUCUGACCUUAAGACUGAAACUGUUGAAGAGCAACUAAAACGACAAGAAGAAAAUUACGCCGUCCUGGUACGUCAACCUUCCGCAGAAGAAAAAGAAGUAUUGGUCACUUUCAACCAUCCAAAAUCGGAAGGCAAAACUGUAGAAAUCAACAUGAAGGCUCAACAACAAAGCCAACGAUCUGGCUCAAGCCCACUCGCCACCGUUUACGUCGACAGUAGAGAGAUGAAGUUUAACGACACAGAAGCAGCUGAUUUAUACAAAGGAUUCGUCCAAAUCUACGCCUUGCCAAACGGAGAAGUUAAAGUAGAAAUCCAAGAUGCAUUCUAUGUGAUCUUCGAUGGAAAACGCGUCAAGCUUACCUCAACCAGCAGCAAACUCCGUGACUCCAACAAAGGACUUUGUGGAAAAUUCAGCAACGACAAAUACGAGGACUUUACGGUACCCGCUAACUGCAUUGUAGCCGACUACAACCAAUUUGUAGAAAGUUACCAAAUGACAGCUGGCAACGAAAGAAGUCAAGCAAAGACCCAAAACUGCAUUGCUAAAGUAAUGCCUCUAUACGAUGAUGUAAUUCCAAGCAGAAAUACGAACUUAAACAGUGAACAUUCAGCCGGCAAAGUGCAACUACGAAAUCGCUAUGUUGAAGAAAACGAACGCAUUUGCUUUACAAUCCGUCCAGUUCCUACAUGCAAAGGAACACCCCGCAAGGUUCUAUCCAAGCCAGUAGCUGUACACUGCAUCGAAAAGACCAAAACAGCCACGUACCUGAAAAACCAAAUCGACAAAGGAGCCAACCCAGAUUUCAGCCAUAAAGAAGAAACCAAACAGGUUUUGAUAAGUCUAGCUCGUGAAUGUUAAUUAAUAUAUAAAUUAUUAUUCAGCAUGUAUAAAAUGUAAAAAAAAAUAAAACAAAAAAUUACUUUUAUAAUAA